AUGGAGGACCCCCGAGCGGUGCUCGCGAAGCGCUACUUCGCGUAUCCGAACUCGCUCGAUCCAAUGACUCCUACGUUUCAAAAGGGCUUAAUCCCGCUGGUCAUAUUCGCAAUGGCCUCGCUGAUAUCUGUCUUCGCCCUUCUGUGCUUCAUUACCUGGCGCCUUAUAGGAUGGCGAAAGAGCUACAGGGAAUACGUGGGGGGGAACCAGUACAUACUUCUCAUUUUCAACUUACUAAUAGCGGACCUGCAACAGAGUAUCGCGUUCGUGAUCACGUUCCACUGGUUAAGGAUAGAAAAAAUCUUGGCUCCUACGGCACCUUGCUUCAUACAGGCUUGGUUCUUGCAUAUCGGAGACAUCAGCAGUGGAUUCUUCGUGUUGGCUAUCGCCGUUCACACCUGGUUGGGUGUGGUGAAGGGAUAUCGGAUGCCCUAUGGUUGGCUGAUAGUAUUGAUUGUUAGCAUAUGGUGCUUCGCAGUUCUUCUGACUGUCUUGGGACCUGCAUUGCAUGGCAAUCGCUUCUUCACGCGAGCUGGAGGCUGGUGCUGGGUAUCAGUUGACUUCGAACCUGAAAGAUUAUGGUUGCACUACCUGUGGAUUUUCAUUGUAGAGUUUGGUACCAUUGUAAUUUACGGACACAUCUUCUUUCAUCUGAAGGGUCGGCUGAGAAGCAUUAUCAACAACGACACCAGCAAGCUUUCUCGCGCCACCAAAUUCAUGAUCCUUUACCCUGCAGUCUACGUUUUUCUUACAAUGCCCAUAGCUAUAGGCAGGAUGGUUUCGAUGGCGGGAGUACAUUUACCGGACACUUUCUUCUGCGUCGCUGGUUCAUUCCUCACAUCGUGCGGCUGGGUUGACGCACUCCUCUACACCCUGACACGUCGAGUCUUUGUCAAUUCAGAAAUCUCGAGCCACGCAUACAACCGCACCACCACCAACACAGGCGGCAACAAUGUAGCGCGGGUUGGUGAUGACUAUGGCUUGCACACCAUGAACAAAGAGGUCGGACGGACUGUUACUAUCGUCGGCGGGACGAACCGCCUUUCGCGCAUGGUGGACAAGAAGAGAAGGGGACACACCGGCCUAACCGAGCACAGCGCUUCCGGGUCCCAGGACUCGAUAAUGAAACCUAUCGCAGGGACGAGUGGUAUCGCAAUCGUCACCGAGACGAACAUUCAAGUCGAGUCGGCGUCGGCGCGCGACAGUGACGAGACGCAGCGGCAUAUCAGUGAAGGGGAUAUGAACAGGCAUCCGCAGCCAUGA